GGUUUGUAUGGAGUGAGAAAUGUAAUCACCCCGAAGGGGCAAUAGUGAGGCCCAGAUGGCCGAACUUCUAGACUAGGGGGUCUGGGGGCAUGCCCACUUCUAGACUAGGGGGUCUGCAUGAACUCCACACUCUUUAAGAGCGAAGACUUCGCUGCUUGAUUCAUCUGACGAGUUCGACGCCAUUUUGAAAAUUUCUAAUCUUGAACCCAGAUCUCCCAAGACCAUGGACCGGAAGAUCUGGGUAUGUAAUGGGAUAGAUGAGAUCCAGCUGUGACGGUGAGCAUAUGGACGAUUAGCGUUCGUCUCCAUCUCAAUUAAAAAAUUUUCCGCGAGUUGUAAUAUUUAAAAAAAAGAGUGAUAUUUUGUCUGAAUGGCGUGGUUGCGUGAGAUUGCGUCGAAAAGCGUGAGUCUCACGCCAAAGCGUGAGACUUGGUUACUGUGCUUCAUUAAAAAGCGUGCUAGGGUGCUCUGGUAUGACCUUGUUUGUAUUAGAUGUUACAACGCAGUGAUGAUGACAGCAUACAAUAGCUAAGUGAAACCGUUUUUCCUUUCUUCAAUACAAAAGUGUUCCUUCACUGAAUUAUGCAUCCUGUUUUUAUCCUGGGGGGGGGAGGGCUUUUAAUAUUACAUAUUCGAAGAGAGGGGAAGCUUAUAAGAGCAAGAAUACUUAUUUCAGGAGAGUUCACACUAAGAUCUUUAUAAGGUUUUAGAUAACUUUGCUAAAAGUACGGAGAAAAGGCUUCCAUUAUUUCGACUGUCUCGAUUACAAAUUAUAAAUGCUAUGUCAUGUCAACAUUUAAUUAUUCUUACAUGACGCUUCUCUCAUCAUAAACACAGAAAAUAAGAGAAUCCCAAAAUGGCGGCUACCUUAGUGAGCAAUAUACUUGAAGAAUACAAAUGCGAUGCUAAUUCAUCUGUUCACAUCAAACUAGUUGAAAAUGAAAAAGAUGUCUUUAAUAAAGAGAAAGCUUUCCACCCAAACAUGUCUCAUCAAAUCUUUGGCGAUAGUGAGGUGAUAUUUGGUUACAAGAAUUUGGAAGUUCAGUUGUACUACCAUGCUGGUAGCUUGCUCACUUAUCUUGGCAUUAAAUACAGUGCAGCUGUUGACAAAUUAUCCCCUGUAGAUAUUAAGCCAGAUGACGUAAUUUCACUUGUGAAAAAAGUCUUAGCUCCAGGUCAUUUUAGUAAUUUAGAUCAGUUUCUAUCAAAGUUUCCUGAGGAGGAUAAGUUUACUCCAAUGGGUGAACUGAUUGAAACUUUCAUUGUUUCUGAAGAAACAUAUCAAGUAUAUAAAGCUGGUAUCUCAACUCCAAGAUUCAAGAGUUACCAUGAAAGAUUGCAAACUUUUGUUCUUUGGUAUAUCGAUGCUGCUUCAUUUUUAGAUAUGGAUGAUAGUAAGUGGGACUUCUUUCUAAUGUUUAAGAAAUCGUCUGAAGUCGGUAUCACAAGGUUUUCGAUAGCUGGCUACACUGCAGUCUAUCGAUAUUAUGCCUAUCCUGAUAUGAAAAGACCUCGAAUAAGUCAAUUUCUUAUUCUUCCUACGUUUCAAAAGAAAGGUCUAGGCGCCAAACUUCUCUUGGCAGUUGAUAAUCAUUACACUAAAGAUAAGAAGGUUCUUGAUAUGACAGUUGAGGAUCCUGUUAAUGAUUUUCUUCGCUUACGUGAUUACGUAGAUGUUCUGCGUUGUCGCUCUUUACCUGUGUUCAAACCUAAUUAUUUAUGUAAAGGUUUCUCUAAGGAAAUGGUCGAUCAAGCAAGGCGAAAAUUGAAAGUUAACCAGCAUCAAUGUAGACGUGUUUAUGAAAUUCUUCGAUUGGGUGCAACUAAUUUGAACGAUCCUGAAGAGCAUCGAAAAUAUCGACUGGAAAUAAAGAAACGUCUAAACGCUCCGUUUCAGAAAGAAAAAGCUGAUUUGAAAAAACUUCAACGUGUUUUAACCGCGGAUGAAUAUGCUGCUGCAGUUGCAAAUAUAUCACAACGAGAACAAUUAAAUAUUCUCGAAGAAAAUUACCGAGAAACGAUUGCCGAAUAUAAGCGAAUUUUGGAAAGAGUUGCUGCAUCUUGACUAGCAAUUUUUGAAUGAAAUUGUUUCUAGGUUCACAGAACGCAAAUUAACUUCUGUGUGGUAAUGCGAAUGCACAAAUGUUCACCUUUUCACAAUGUUCAUUCAUUCACGCGGACUCCAGGCGGGAUAUUUCAAAAUUAGUCACCUCAAGGGGGUGGCUACUUUCAAGUUGUAUUUUAAGCACUAUUAACUCCAAUAGUUAACUGAUAAUCCACGCUGUAUGAAUUUAUUUUUCAAUGCGUUUAUAAUAGUGCAAGGUUGCAGUAGCUAACGCAAGUAUGCAUGAACAUUUUAUUUGGAUAAUGAAUUAUAAAUGAAGUGUACAUCACUUCUGUAAAAGUUCUAUAAAAA